CAGUCGGUGAGCCGCCGUCGACAUCGACGUAUCUCCCGCUUUAAGGGAGCACUUUCUUCGGAAAACUCGCGCACCCGCGUUCCCAAUGCCUCCCAAACUCUCCAAACAAUGUCAAAAGCAAUAAAGAUCGAAUUUAUCUUAAUCUUAAUAACCACACAGUGCGUGAAUCUAAACACUCUUCCCGAAACCAAAGAAAAAAAACUUCUUAUAAGUGAGAGUGAAUAUUCGUGUGUAAUUUUCGAACUCGAAAACAAACAGUGCAAUUACUUUGGUGAUUAUUUCUUGUGUUCAUUAGAUCAUUUGAAACAGUGGAAAAGGCGUAGAAGAUGGUGUUAUAUUUUAAAGUUGAAUAAAGAUUUGUUUGUGCGGAGUAAAAGAAGUUCGGAACCGAAAAAUCCGGUCAGAAGGCCAGCCCCAGGGCUGUCGGAGUCUUCGGACAAUGAUGAGAAUUCUCUGAUAGAGGAAUUUAAAAGGCGAUGGCCGGUCGAGCUAUGGCGAAACUAUUUGUUCACGGAUGACUAUUUGCUGUUGAUCAACAGCCACUGGUUGCGCUUCGCGCCGCCAGACCCGUUGUCGAACUAUAUCCUCGGCACACUGUACAUUGCCAUGAUGCUGGUGGGCACUACUGGAAAUGCUCUCGUGCUCGUAAUGUAUUUUAGAUGCCGCACGCUGCGCACUCCAGGCAACAUCCUGGUGGCCAACCUGGCGCUGAGCGACUUCUUCAUGCUGGCUAAGACGCCGGUCUUCAUAUUCAACUCGUUCAACCUGGGACCGGCUUUGGGGAAAACCGGAUGUGUGAUCUACGGGUUCGUCGGCGGGCUGACGGGCACCACGUCGAUCGCGACGCUGGCCGCCAUCGCGCUGGACCGCUACUGGGCCGUGGUGCGCCCGCUGGAGCCGCUGCGCGCGCUCACCGCCGUGCGCGCGCGCCUGCUCGCCGUCGGCGCCUGGCUCUACGCCGCCGUCUUCGCCUCCAUCCCCGCCCUGGACAUCGGCUACGGCCGCUACGUCCCUGAAGGCUACCUCACCAGCUGCAGCUUUGACUAUCUGACUGACGAAAUCCCACCCCGCUACUUCAUCUUCACAUUCUUCUGCGCCGCCUGGGUCGCACCCUUCUUCACCAUCACAUUCUGCUAUCUCAAAAUACUCUGCGUUGUCGUCUGCAAUAGAAAUGUUCAAACCAAAAAUCAAGAACAACGGCUCUCUUCCAGGCACGUCAAGGAACAAGUCAAACGUAAAGCCGAAAUCAAACUAGCGGCUCUAGUGAUAGUUGUAAUUGCAUUGUUCUUCGUAUCUUGGACCCCCUACGCGAUCGUGGCGCUCAUGGGCAUCUUCGGUAAGAAGGAUUUAAUUACGCCGAUAACUUCUAUGAUUCCGGCAUUGUUCUGCAAGACCGCCGCUUGUAUAAACCCUUUCAUUUACAUAAUCACCCAUCCAAAGUUCCGGAAGGAAUUUAGGAAGUUACUAUUCAGAGAUAAAUCCAGGCGCAUGAGUACUUAUACUAAAACGAUCGGGUAUACAGAGGCAGAGACUACGAAAAUGAAACGGACGAGUAAAGAUUUUAGCGACACGGAUGUGGAAGUGAUCCAGAUGAAGGAUAUUCCAUAUGACACGGAGGAAAGUGCUAAACCACCUUCCAGCACCGUAAAGACGAUUUCCUCCAGGGUUUCGGAGAGGGAAGGGUCCCAGAGAAGUGUUAGCAUGAAGAGUUUCGAAGACAGUGUCGUAAGCCCACCAUCUUGGUACGCUAAACCCAAGUUUGCAAAGAAGAAGAGUUUCCACCGCCGAUCCUCGAAGAGUGUUGUAUCUAUGAAUACAGAGCCUAUUGUCUUGUAACUGAUAAAUUUAUAUUUUUAAAUUUUAUAUGCCUCAGUUACAACCAAUAAGG